UCGUCUCUCUCUCUCUCUCUCUCUCACACACGCACACACACAAAUACUCCUACACCAUAAAGGUCUCUCUCUUUUUCUUUCAAUUUGGUUCAUCGUGGUACGCAAAGCUAGUGUUGAAAUUCUAUUUCUUAGAUUAGAUUUCGUCGAUUCUCGCAAAUUGCCGCCUCGAAAGAUUUGGGUGUAAAAAUACCAAUUAACAAUAGGAAAUAAGAAGACUUGAUGGAGGUAUAAUGCAUUUAGAUGUGUUUGUACUUUGUAGUGUAUUGAUUCCGAAUCUUUGCAGUGGAUGGAGGUGGUGUUAGAGCUAAAAGAUGCGGACAAUUGGAUUUAUAGAGGGGAAGGAGCUGCCAAUCUUGUUCUUGCUUACUCCGGAUCCUUUCCUACGUUUGUUGGAAAGGUACUACGCAUACAAAAGGCUCCUAGGAUUGAAUCUCCCAGAAACGGAUUUGAUAGCGAGGAUAGUCAUUCAGCUCUGACGAAUGAUGAGUGCCUUCUGUGGAGAGAAACUGAAGACCUUGUAUCAGCACCAACCAGGGAAAUAGCAGAGCAAUUGUAUGUACAACAUGUUAUCAGUCCACUGUAAGGUUAUGAACAUGUUGAUGAUGGGGUAUGUUGUUGUCCAAUGCAUGAUUUUGUUACACACCCUUCCUUUUUAUGUAUUUGCAGUCAAUUUAGCGGUGUUUUAAUGAGAGGACAUGAACCGUAUGUGAUUGGCUUGUAGCCUAUUCGGGGGAAGUUUUACUUUGUGCUUGUAGCAGCCAUUAUCAUGUCAUUGUUCAAGUAUUCGUUCGGGGAUUAUGUUUCGCCCUCAUGGCACUAAAUCUUGAUGGACUAUCCUUAAAUGAAUAUGUGUUGCAUAAUUGCAAAGCUGCAUAUAGACAUAUUGUUGGUUACCAAUACACAACUAUCCUUUGGCCCUGUUUAUGGUCCAUUCAGGCAAGUAAUUGGAAGGGGGCUCAAAGAUUGUGUUGUAUGCUUGGGCAGUCACCUGGACAGGUCUCUCUAUUAAAAUGUCAAAUGAGACUGCACAGACAUUUUUGUUUUCCUGAUAACCUCCAUGGGUUCGAACAUCUUGACAAUUUACAACAUCAUUGAGUUGCUGACUGUUGCUUCCUCCUUAU